AUGGAGAACGACUACGUGAAUGCGAUGAAAAGCGACGACGUUCUCUUCGAUCUGUCUUUGAUCGUUUCUUGCGGUGUUUGUCGCUUAACGUGGACAUCCGUCGACGCUCCAGAGACCGCGAUCUUGAACGGGACGCGCCACUCGACGGACUGCGCGACGACAGGGAGCGGGAGCGAGAGCGUUUACGAUGUGAAUGACGACGAGAUGAGAUGCGUGUACUGCGACCACGACUGUGGCUCCUGCUGCGACUACGUCGUCGCCGGUAGUGACUCGGACUUACUCCGUCUUGCGCCAUUGGUGAAGGUCGAAAUAUCGAAAAUGAUGGAUGGUCUCAUAUGGCUGGUUAGUUUUGAAGGUAAUCGUUUUCUUGAAUAUUAUUGGAAGAAAUAG